GUUCGGUGGUGGUGGGGGUGGUGGUGGUGGUGCUGCUGCUGCUGCUGUUGCUGCUGCUGCGGGUGGUGCGGCUGCGCGGCCGGGUGCUUCUGCUGCAGAGGCAGCAGCAGCAACAGCAGCAGCAGCAGCAGCAACAGCAGCAGCAGCAGCAGCAGCAGUUCCGCAUAUGCUGCUCCUGAUGCAGCAACAGCAACCCCAGCGGCAACAACAGAAGCAGCAGCAGCAGCAGCAGCAACAGCAGCAACAGCAGCAGCAGCAGCAGCAACAGCAGCAACAGCAGCAGCAGCAGCAGCAGCAGCAACAGCAGCAGCAGCAGCAGCAGUCGAGCUUUGCAUGCAAAAGAGCAAUGCAAAAAGUCUUCGGGGCGGAGUUCGCGGCGCUGCAUGUCCGCGUCACCAACAGGGCCGCUUACGCCCUUUACAGCAAAACCCUAGGCUACAGAGUGCAUGAUAUUGACAAAAGUUAUUAUGCAGACAAAGAAGACGCCUUUAAUAUGAGGAACUACUUUUGUAAAGACAAACGGGUGAAAGGCCGCCGCCAAAACGAUUCACAAGAAGACAAGACACAAGCGCCGGGUGAAGCAGCAACAGAGCCGCCCACGGCAGCAACAGCAGCAGCAGCAACGACAGCAACAGAAGCAGCAGCAACAGCAGCAACAGCAGCAGCAGCAGCAACAACAGCAGAAACGUCAGCAACUAAUUCGAACAAAGGAGCAGCAGCAUCGCCCCAAACAUCUCCAUCAGCAGCAGCAACCAGCAGCAGCAGCAACAGCAGCAGCAGCAGCAGCAACAGCAGCAAAAGCAGGAGGAAGAAGCGCUAG